CACUGCUCUUAUUGAAGAGUGAAGAGGGUUCAGUUUUGCAGCCACUUCCUUAUGUGGUCAACCAACUCCUUCCUUCUACCCGCUGCUGCUGGGUUUGCACUUUGCAACCAUGUCGACGGAAUUUCUCGCCAUUGGCAGGAGGAGAAGCAUUCAUCCGCUCUGCAUAUUACUCUCCACUCUUCGCCUUCUUCACCGCCCUUUUCAUUACAGAAAUCAUCAGCCCGUCCCUUCUUCAUCUCCUCCACCCCUGUGCGGCGGCGCCAGGCUCUUCACGUCCGUGUCUCUUUCCGACCAAACCCACUCACACCCUCAAAGCUCAGACCCUUCUUCUCCGCACCUCGUCAACGAGCUCUCCCGGAUUCUCAGCGACUUCAGAAGUCCGCAUCAUGAUAUCGAGUCGGCCCUCAGCCCAUUCCGCUCCCAAAUCUCCGUCGAUUUGGUUGAACAAGUUCUCAAACGGUGCAAAAAUCUGGGCUUUUCUGAUCACAGAUUCUUCACAUGGGCUCAAAAUCUUCCGGGCUUUACGCACAGCGAAGAUAGCUACCGCAUUCUUGUCGACAUCUUAGGACGUAGCAAGCAGUUCCCGUUGUUAUGGGAUUUUCUCAGAGACACUAAACCUUCCUGCGAAAUUUUCUCGAAUGUGUUCAGGGCCUAUUGCAGGGCUAACCUUCCUGAAGAUGCCAUUAGGGCUUUCAGCAAGAUGUCUGAUUUCGGAAUAGAACCGAGUGUGGAUGAUCUCAGCCACCUUCUGUAUGCGCUUUGCAAAAGAAAGCACACACCCCAUGCCCAACACUUCUUUGACAGAAUCAAGAAGAGUUACCCACCCUGCCCAAAGUGUUAUAGCAUUUUGAUCCGAGGGUGGGGAGAUGAAAAGGAUGGAUUUUCCCAGGCACAGAAACUGUUCGAUGAAAUGCUUCACAGAGGAUGUUCGGCUCAUCUGCUUGCUUGUAACCGUCUCUUGGAGUCUCUAUGUAAGGGAGGGAAGAUUGAUGAGGCUUAUAAGUUCUUCACAAAGAUGAGGUCUAUGGGGCUGGAACCAGAUGCUUUUACAUUCUCCAUAUUCAUUCAUUCUCAUUGCACUUCAAAUGACAUCCACUCUGCUUUCAAAGUUCUUGACAGGAUGAAAAGCCAUGGUCUUGUCCCUAACACCUUCACUUACAAUUGCAUCAUCAAGAAACUCUGUAAGCUAAAUAAAGUGGAAGAUGCAUACCAACUGCUGAAUGAGAUGGUUGAUAGUGGAUCAAAUCCUGACUGUUGGAGUUGUAAUACGAUUUUAGCUUUCCAUUGUGAUCAUAAUGAAGUUAAUCAAGCUCUUAGGCUGAUCUCAAGAAUGGACAAAUAUGGUGUCCGACCAGAUCGUCAUACGUAUAAUAUGGUUCUUAAAAUGCUCAUUAGGGUAGGAAGGUUCGAUAGAGUAGAGAAAGUUUGGGAAGGUAUGGAAGGAAGAGGAUACUACCCUUCAGUCUCUACAUAUGCCGUCAUGGUCCAUGGCCUCUGCAGGAAGAAGGGAAAACUUGAGGAAGCUUGUAAAUAUUUUGAAAUGAUGAUUGAUGAAGGAAUACCGCCUUAUGCCUCAACAUGUGAGCUGUUGAGGAAUAAACUGAUCGGCUAUGGCUUUGUAGAACAGACAGAAAUACUUGGGGAUAAGAUGGAGAGAAGCACUUCAUGUUCAAUUCAGGAGCUAGCUACCUUAAUAAGAGGUGGUAAUAGGGUUUGUGUCAAACACAGAGAUGAAGAGGAAUACUCUGAUGAUGAGAGUGACAGUCAAUAACAGGGCUUCAUUCCCCCAUAUAUGGAUAAAUGAAGAACUAGUAUUCCCUUUAGAGACGAUCUCUCUUAUUCUUCAUCCAUGUUUUAGUUAUAUAUACAUGAACUAACAAAAAAACAACCCAGGUCCAUGAGAGUCCUCGGAAGGGUCCCACUACAAGGUUGGACGUUGGUCACGUAACAAACAUUUACCUUCCCUUUUUUAGGACUUCGCUCCCAAGAGUUGGACCCAUGACCUACUCAUGGUCACACCAUGCACCUCAACACAUGUGCCAAGGCUUCCAUAUUUUUAGUUAUACAAGAACUAUUUAGUGCCAACACUAGUGGUCUUACUAUAUAUUUUCUCGGCCAGAACGGUUUUUUCAUUUUUUGGUUCAUGUUGCCAAAGUGUUAAACUUACCUAGCUUUUGGGCGCAUAAGAUUGUGAAACUUGAAAUGAACUUUUUACCUUGUCUAAAGCUUAUAGCUUCCAUAAUGUGAAAACGGGUUCAAAUCGAAACCAAAGUAAAAACUAAGAAAAAAAUGUUAUAAUUAUGCAUUGUUAAAGAAAAAGAUGCAUUUGUGUAAUACAAAAGUGCACCAACAUUCACACUAAAAGAUCUUUUUGAAAAAUUGCUUAGUGAUAUUUUUGGCCACGUGAGCUUUGAAAUAUAACACACCCAAUUUUACUAUAUUAAGUAUUUCCCAUUUUUGUGAAGUAGAGCGGGCAGCGGUGUCACUACAGAGCUAACCAGGGCGUGAAGAAUUAGGGCGGCGUUCAACACCACCAAUGGCAGAAAAAUAUGUGAACCCUAAAGCUUAUCCAUUGGCCGGGGCAGAACUCACCAUAGUAAUACAUGACUUGGUAGCACAAGAUGCCAACUAUAAGCAGCUUAAAAAGGGUGCUAAUGAAGCUACGAAGACACUAAACAAGGGAAUUUCUGGGUUUUUAUUGUGAUGGCUGCUGAUAUUGAACCACUCGAAAUUCUACUUCACCUUCCACUUCUUGCUGAGGAUAAAAAUGUCCCAUAUGUGUUUGUUAAAUCCAAAGAAGCUCUUGGCCGAGCUUGUGGUGUUACUCGGCCAGUGAUUGCUUGUUCAGUUACUAGCAAUGAGGGAAGCGAGUUGAAAGCUCAAAUAACUGAAUUUAAGAAUGCCAUUGAGAAGCUCCUCAUAUGAAUGCCUAGUCACUUCAGCAUGAUGGGCCUCAUGGAUUCUUAACAAAAUUAGCUGAGGCUUUGACUGGACAAGUUGUUUAUUCAACAUUACUCUUGUGUGUUUGUUUAUUUAUUUGUUUAAUUUACUCCAUGUUAAGAAAUAUUGGUAAUCAUGUAGUUUCUUCCUGUCAUUCUGUAUUCGUUUUCAAUGGUAUCAGUUUUAUUUAAAAAAAAGUAUUUCCCA